AUGAGUUCCAACAAUCCCUUCGAUAACGCCCACGCCGGGCCUAGUUCCAGUCGUGGCUCUUCUGCCACCCGACCUGGUCAUGGAAGGCCACAGUACAUGCAAGUCGGCACGGGCUCGACGUCGCAGAGCGCCGCAAGACUUCAGGCGCUGCUCGACGAUGACUCCGGGUAUGGUGGAAGCAUAACAGGCGACAAUACGAUGGAGAAUUCAUGGCAUCCUGGUCCGACUGCCGAUCGAUACACACCUGAGCAUACGCCACUACGACCAGGCGAGAGCAAUGCGGCUUCGGAGAACGAGAGGCGAGCGCUUGCCAGUCAUGUGCACCAACUAUUCUACAAUCAGAAUCGGACAGCCCUGGGCCGCGCUAUCACUCAGACCGUGGAGACGCUCAAAAAGCUGCAAGAGAUGAACGCAAAAUGGCCUGCGCACUACCCGACUGUACAAAGACCCCCAUCUCCGCCAGUCAGCAAACCAGAAGUGCGACCUGGAAUCGCGCAUACUCAGUCGACAUUCAAUAUCGAGGGGCAAGAGUCGCUACCGAGCAGGCCUCAGCCACCGAGACGCGCUGGUACAUCGCUUGGGGAACUGCGGGAGACAACUGCUGCGGAGUCUAGUGAGAAUGCUGCUGAAAAGGAACCUGCUCAGGCACCCAGACUCGUGACGCCUCAGCUUGCGCAAGAUUUCUCGGUCUUGAAGAUUGAACUGAAGGUGGAAGGGCUGGCACAGUCCGAGAUCGUGCAUUCGCUGGAGAAGCAGUCCGUUGCAUCUUUACUGGAUAACCAGAUUAAAAACAGCAUACGGCAUCUGUUUGCCCUCAGAGAACGGAUAGAAGAUACUUCAAGUAAAGUCCUCGUCACAGGCGACUUGAACGCGGGAAAGUCAACAUUUUGCAACGCCCUCCUUCGUCGGAAAGUCCUGCCGGAGGACCAGCAGCCAUGCACCGCCAUCUUUUGUGAAGUAUUGGACCAUCGAGAGAAUGGAGGAAUCGAGGAGGUACACGCAAUUCCGCAUGGUUUCGUCUACAACCGGAACGACGAAAGCACUUACUACGUCUAUUCGCUGAAGCAGCUCGAGGACGUUGUGGUAGACGCUGACCGGUACUCCAUGUGCAAGAUUUAUAUUAAGGAUAUUCGAUCAGUCGAUCAGUCGCUGCUCAACAACGGUGUCGUUGACAUUGCGCUGAUUGAUGCCCCGGGGCUCAACAACGAUUCUCUCAAGACAACGGCGGUCUUCGCACGACAAGAGGAGAUCGAUGUUGUCGUCUUCGUCGUGUCUGCUGCCAACCACUUCACUCUUUCGGCAAAGGAGUUUAUCUUCAAUGCCGCUCGAGAAAAGGCCUACAUGUUCAUGGUCGUCAACGGUUAUGACAACAUCCGAGAUAAGAAACGCUGCCAGGAAGGCAUUUUGAAGCAAAUUGCCCACCUGAGCCCCGCCACAUUCAAGGAGUCGUCAGAGCUGGUUCAUUUUGUCUCGAGCAAUAUGAUACCAGUUGCUCCCGCGCCUGAUGGCCCUCCUGGCGAUUCGGGCGGUAGCGGUGGUAGCUCCGGAGGUUCCUACUUCGAAGGACACCAUGGAAAUUCUGGAAAGGACGGCGAUGAUGAGGAGCCGAAGGGCAAGCAUGGCGAGCCUGGAUCUCCGCCCAAAGGCAAAGGCAAGGGCAAGGAGAAAGAAGCCAUGGACGACUUCAGCGAACUUGAGGCAUCGUUGAGGCGCUUCGUGCUGGAGAAGCGCGCGAGAUCGAAGUUGGCGCCGGCGAAGACAUACCUGAUGAACGUUCUCGGCGACCUCGGAACCCUCGCCGGCGUGAACAAGGAUGUCGCCCAGAAUGAGCUUGAUCGCGUGACGGAAGAACUGCGCAGGCUUGAACCUCAGGUCGACAAAUCGAAGAAAGCACGCACCGAUGCCGACGAGAGUGUCGCUACCAACAUUGAAGAGACGUCGAAAGAAGUAUACGCGCUGACGAGGAAUACCCUGAACGAUGGCAUUGCGCGUGUCGCGGAAAGCGAUCUUGGCGUGGUGUAUCCUGGAGUCUUCGGGGCGUACAGCUACGCCGAUGAUCUGAAAGCAGCGAUGUUGAACCAGAUCACGGAGACAGUAAGGUGGUGCGAGGAGCGUGCUCGCGAGAGGACAGUGCAAGGUGUGAGCAGCAUCAAAUCUCUCGGACUUUUGCAUUUAGGUGACCAAUACGUGGACCUCGCGUUCCGAUCUGAGAAGAUGUUCAAGAGCAGAAGAGAUGCACUUGCACGACAGGUGGACUUCGAAGCAGAGAUUUGGGACUUCUUCGACGUUGCCAGCUUAUGGGAGCGACAAGAGAAGGUGGCAAGCACCAGCAUGGCUGUCACCGUUGCCGGCGUGGUUGGUGGCAGAAUGCUGGGUGGAGUCGGGUGGCUCGAUGGAGCCAUGACUGCGACAAAGAUCGUGGGACCUAACAAUCUUAGAAGGAUGCUGCUUCCCGGAUUGGUCUUGGCUGGUAAGAUUUCCGUGCUCUUCAAUCCUUUGCAAAAUACUGAUUUCUUCGCAGUCACUCUCGGCGUGUCCUAUGCCGUCUCGCAGAUCCCACAUUCCCUCCCCCGCCGUCUGAGUACAAAGCUCGCGGCCCAGCUCGCGGCCUUGGACUACACUCACGCAAACUCUCUUCGCAUCAGCACAGAAGUGAGACGAGCACUCAAGUACCCAGCAGACAAGCUUCGUGAAGGCUUGCAGCGAAGUAUGGAGCAUCUGCAAGAGCAGAAGAAGGAAACGAUGAAGGUGCAGGCAGAAAGUGAGGUUGCCCGCAAGUACUUUGGAAACCUCGUUCGUGAAAGCAACGACAUCCGCAGCCGAGUGCAACGGGUUGACCUUGAAGGUCCUGCACCCGGAAUUGCGGCGAGCUAUGACAUGUAA